AUGGCGACCACAGUCGCCACAGAUGAUGAAAAUUCUAGUGAAUUCAUGAGUGUUGGUUGCUUUGGUUUAGGAGCUUCUGUUCUUUAUCAGUAUCAAGGUUUUUGGGCUUUUGCUGAAGCAUUAGAAAAUGUAAAGGAUUUUCAACAAAAUUUUAAAGCUUUGGAUACUGAUCUAAUACUAGCCUCAGUACCCAAAUCUGGCACCGUUUGGUUGAAAGCAUUGGCCUUCGUCAUCGUGAACCGAUAUGGUCAUCCUAUUUUUUCUUCUUCCCAUCACCACCCGUUGCUCACAAUUACACCUCAUGAUCUUGUUCCUUUCGUAGACUUUAAACACGUUUAUCCAUCUUGUAGUCUCCUUGAUUUCACUAAAAAUAGUAGCCAGACAAUGCCGGAGAGCAAUGAAAGUACUAUCCCACCGCUAAACAAGAAAGAGAGUACCCCUUUGUUGAUUGAAGACGCUUUCAAGUUUUUUUGCGAUGGAGUUUCAGAGUUUGGUCCAUACUGGGAUCAUGUUCUUGGAUAUUGGAAAGCGAGCUUAGAGAAGCCUCGUAAACUAUUGUUUCUGAAGUAUAAAGAUUUGAAGAAAGAACCGGAACCUCAAUUGAAGAACCUCGCGGAAUUCUUAGGUUAUGGUUUCUCUGAAGAGGAAGAGAGUCAAGGAGUGAUCAAGGAUAUAUUAAGUUUAUGCAGUUUUCAACACUUGAAGAAUUUGGAUGUGAAUAAAAAUGGAAUGGCUUUUAGUAACUUUGUGGCGAACAAAGACUUUUUCAGUAAAGAAAUGGUUGGAGUGGGAUCUGACGCAGUGGAAAAGGAAGAAGAAAAAGAGGUGAGGGGAGCUGCUGACUCAGUGGGUGAGGUUGGUGAUUGGAAGAAUUACUUGACACCAGUAAUGGUAGAACGACUUGCUCAUCUCACCGAAGAUAAGUUUCGUGGAUCAGGACUAGCAUUCCAAAACUUCAUUCCUUGA